CCCCCCCUUUCUGUUCGCAUUUGUACGCACAGAUUCUUUUCGAUAAAGUUCAUCCGCAUAAAGAAAUUCUAUACGGAAUUUUAUUUCGUCUUCUACAUUUUCCCCUUCCCCCUCUGUUUGUUUCCCGAGAAAAUAAAAAACAGAACUCACCCAUCUCUCGGAAUUUCCACCAAAUUUAACCUCGUUGGCGAGUCAAUAACUUCCAUGGAAAGUGACAAAGUAUCCGUGAUCCUUUUCCGCCUGUAUUAUGGUCAAUAUCCCUCAGUACUUUAUCUUCGGAAUUUUCUAUCUUUUUGCUGAAACCAAUUUUAUCUCGAUUUAGCUUUCACGUGAUGUUAAUUUUUUUGUGUGGUAGAGACGUUGCUUAAUUUCUCGGACUCUGUUGCUUUUCCACGCCUAUAUAUACAGAGCUGCUCACAUGCGUUUGUUCUAUUAAUCCUCUUUUCACAUAUACAGCGCUCUUGUGACUGUGACCGAGGCUUUGCUGUCUUGAAUCGUGUGAUUGUUUCUGGGUUUGGCUUUGAUUGAGUUUCCAUUCGAAUCAUUAUUUCUUUUGUUUUUUCCCCCCGUUUUGGUUCUGCAAUCAAUUUCUGGGUUAAGGGUUUUGCUGUGGGUUCUUGUGGGUUUCAUUCGAAUUGCGUGGAAUCUGAAUCUGGGUUUGGUAAUUGAGGUUUAUGUUCUGGGUUUCUGUUAAAAAUUUCAAGUGGGUAUGGUUUAAAAUCUGACUUUGGACAUUGUUGUUCUUAGAUUCUUGAAUUUGGGAAAACUUGGUAUAACUUUUGUCCUAAGAAAAGAUAGAAAAAUAAAUAUGAACAGGCUGUUGGCUAUUGCAUUGGCUGUUCUGUUGUUCAUAUGCCAUGCUGCUGUGGCAAAAGAGUGCACUAACAUUCCUACGCAGCUCUCGUCUCAUAGUUUCCGCUACGAGCUAUUGAAUUCGAACAACGAAACGCUGAAGAAAGAGGUGUUUGCUCAUUAUCAUUUGACUCCAACCGAUGAAACCGCUUGGGCCAGUUUGCUGCCAAGAAAGAUGUUGAAAGAAGAUGACGAUGAUGAAUUUGGUUGGAAUGUGAUGUAUAAAAACAUCAAGAACCCGGGAAGGUUCGGCACGGGAAAUUUCCUCAAGGAAGUUUCUCUUCACGAUGUUAGGUUGGACCCGGAUUCAAUCCAUUGGAGGGCACAGCAGACAAAUCUUGAGUAUCUCUUGAUGUUGGACAUUGAUAAUUUGGUCUGGAACUUUAGAAAGACUGCUGGUCUUGAUGCUCCUGGUGCGUCCUAUACAGGAUGGGAAAGUCCCAACAGUGAGCUCCGUGGACAUUUCAUCGGUCACUACUUGAGUGCAACAGCUCAUAUGUGGGCGAGCACUCACAACGAUACUCUCAAGCAGAAAAUGACGUCUCUCGUCUCUGCUCUGUCGGAGUGCCAACAGAAAAUCGGCACAGGAUAUCUGUCAGCUUUUCCUAAUGAGUUUUUCGACCGGUUCGAAGCUAUACGGCCCGUCUGGGCUCCCUACUAUACAAUUCACAAGAUCUUAGCCGGUCUGGUGGAUCAAUACAAGUUUGCCGGCAGCAGUCAAGCUCUGAAAAUGGCUACCUGGAUGGCAGAUUACUUCUAUGAUCGUGUUCGUAACGUUAUAAAGAAGUACACUGUUGAACGACACUGGACAUCGCUGAAUGAGGAGACUGGUGGAAUGAACGAUAUUCUUUAUCAGCUAUUCCAAAUCACUGGAGACUCCAAGUACUUGUUGCUUGCCCACCUCUUUGACAAGCCUUGCUUUCUCGGUCUGCUCGCUAUCCAGGCUGAUGAUAUAUCUAACUUCCAUGCAAACACGCAUAUUCCUAUUGUAAUCGGAUCCCAACUUCGGUAUGAAAUCACUGGUGAUCCACUAUAUAAGGAAAUAUCGACGUUUUUUAUGGAAACUGUCAACUCUUCUCACAGUUACGCAACCGGAGGGACAUCAGUCUCUGAGUUCUGGAAGGAUCCACAGAGACUAGCAGACACGCUGCAAACCGAAAACGAGGAAUCAUGUACAACUUAUAACAUGCUCAAGGUCUCUCGGAAUCUAUUCAGGUGGACAAGAGAAGUGGUUUAUGCAGAUUAUUAUGAGCGUGCUUUUACAAAUGGCGUCCUUGGAAUUCAACGAGGAACAGAACCAGGGAUCAUGAUCUAUAUGCUCCCGUUGGGUCACGGUGUUUCAAAGGCCGUGACUGGGCAUGGUUGGGGAACUCAGUACACAUCUUUCUGGUGUUGCUAUGGCACUGGAAUUGAAUCAUUCUCAAAACUAGGAGAUUCCAUUUAUUUUGAAGAAGAGGGAGGAAAUCAUGGUCUUUAUGUCAUCCAAUACAUACCGAGCUCACUCACAUGGAAAUCCGUCGGUCUUUCGCUAACUCAGAAAGUUAAACCAGUCGUCUCGUGGGACCCGUAUCUUCACGUGACGUUCACGUUCACUUCCAAGGAGGAGACAGGCAAAAAAUCGACUCUGAAUUUAAGAAUUCCGGUUUGGGCAAACUCUGAUGGUGCCAAAGCUUCUUGGAAUGGGCAGCCUCUGAAAGUACCAGCUCCAGGAAAUUUCCUAUCGAUCACACAAAACUGGAAAUCCGGCGAUCAAAUAAGCAUGGACUUACCAUUGAGUAUAAGAACUGAAACUAUAAAAGAUGACCGGCCUGAGUACUCGUCUCUUCAGGCCAUACUUUAUGGGCCCUACUUGCUCGCCGGCCACACAACCAGAGUCUGGAGCUACAAAACUCGGGCAAAAGCCGAGAAAUGGAUAACUCCAAUCCCGUUUUCUCAAAACAAGAACCUUGUGACCUUCUCACAACAAUCUGGUCAAUCCAGCUUCGUGUUGGCAAACACCGAACAAACCAUCACGCUGCAAGAAUCGCCCGAGCCAGGGACACAAGAAGCGGUUCAAGCCACUUUCAGGAUCGUGAACUCUGAACCCCUUUCCCGUGGAAAGCUCUCGGGUCCAGAGGAACUGAUCGGGAAACGAGUCAUGCUCGAACCGUUUGAUUUCCCGGGCAUGCUCGUGACGCAAGCAAGAAACAGUACCAACCUCGUGGUCCGAGACUCUUCCUCUUCAGACAAGGAAGCUUCCAUUUUCCGGCUGGUCCCUGGAGUGGAUGGGAAGGAAGGAACUGUCUCGUUGGCGUUAGAGGGCAAGAAAGGUUGCUUUGUUUACACGGAUACAAACCCGAAAAAGGGCACGGAACUGAAGCUUGAAUGCGAUUCCGAUACGUCUGACGAGAAAUUCAACCAGGCUGCGAGUUUUACGAUGAACAAAGGGAUCGCUCAGUACCAUCCGAUGAGUUUCGUGAUGAAUGGAGACGAGAGGAACUUUGUGUUGUCGCCAUUGUUGAAGUUUAGAGAUGAGUUUUACAAUGUGUACUUCGAUGUGCAAACUUGAAGUACAACUGAUGGUCUGUGUUGGGAGCGAAAUAAGGCAUUGAUUUGGCUUCUAGUGUUUGUGUUACGAGUUAGUGUUUUUUUUCCUCUUUUUCAUGUCUUAUUAUGUAUUGCAGUUGUAAUAAUAUAUAUUCAAAUGCAUUUGAAAUGA